UUCCUGCUCUUUCAAAAACAAAAAAUCCUUUUCAGGAGAGAGAGAGAGAGAGAGAGAGAGAGAGAGAGACGAUGAAGAGUUUGAGAAGAUUGUUGCGUCGGGGACUUGUAUGCAGAAGAACGGAACUUUGCACCGGAAGCGGUGCUCCCUACGCUUCUCGCCGCCUCUUGCUACUCGAUUCUUCUGCCGCUUCAACCUCGCAAAAUCGCUCAGCUUCAUCCGCUUUCCCACCCUUCAAAUCUACCUCUAUUCCUCCAUUCCACUCCUCAAAAUGGGACCUUUUAAGAGGGCAGAGGAGGACCAUGUUUAUCCAAACACAAUCUACUCCCAAUCCUUCAUCCCUCAUGUUUUAUCCGGGAAAGCAAGUUAUGGAAGUUGGGAGCGCUGACUUUCCGAAUGCUCGCUCAGCAAUGAAUUCACCCCUUGCAAAGGCCCUCUACGGGAUUGAUGGAAUUACUCGGGUUUUCUUUGGGUCAGAUUUUAUAACAGUUACGAAAUCAGAUGAUUUUUCAUGGGAUAUUCUGAAGCCUGAAAUUUUCGCUGCAAUUAUGGACUUCUACACUUCUGGGAAGCCACUCUUUCUUGACUCAAAUGCUGCAGCUUCCAUGGACACAGCUAUCCACGAAGAUGAUUCAGAAACUGUUGCAAUGAUUAAAGAACUGUUAGAGACUCGUAUCCGACCUGCUGUACAAGAUGAUGGGGGAGACAUUGAGUAUCGAGGAUUUGAUCCAGAUACUGGAAUAGUCAAACUCAGGAUGCAAGGAGCGUGUAGUGGGUGCCCCAGCUCAUCUGUUACCCUAAAAUCUGGCAUCGAGAAUAUGUUGAUGCAUUAUGUACCUGAGGUUAAAAGCGUUGAGCAGGAACUUGAUGAUGAAGAUGAAGCGGCAACGUUACCUGGUUAGAUUGAGAAAUUUAGUUGUUGGUUUUCGUGUUCAUGUAUGUUGAGCCACUCCUGAAUAUAGUGACCCAGGUGACUGUGAAGCCUGAAUAACCCUUGUUUACAGGGAGUGAGUGUAUCAACGUACUGUUCCCCUCCCCCCCAAAAAAAAAAAAAGCCUUGUGUAUUUAUUGAGCAAAUUUAUUUUAGGAACACCAAAAAAGGAGAGAGCAAAGUUUAGGGAAACGUGAAGCAUCAACUGGUUGUAAGUAUGUUUCAUGGAAUAUUAAAUUGAUAGUAGCGAUUUUGGGGAUU